AUGUCCGGAUAUACAUAUGAAUUUGACGUUUAUCAAGGGAAGCAGACUAAUAGUGACAGCUCAAAGAGAGGAUUUGGACUGGGCGGGACAGUAGUUGAUGAGAUGACAAAUAGUCUGGCAGGCAAAAACCAUAUCAUCAUCAUGGACAAUUUCUUUUCUUCCGUGCCACUAGUUGAGUAUUUGAAAACGAAAAUUACAUAUGCAGUCGGCACCAUUCGUCCUGAUAGACUUGGGUUACCCAAACUUAUUGAUGAUAAAAAAAUGAAACGAGGGGACUUAGAUUAUCAAACAUCUGAUCAAGGAAAUAUCCUUUUUCAAAUGGAAGGACAAUCGAUCCGUACACUUUCUUUCGAAUUAUCAUGGAAACGACACUGCCAAAGUCCAAAGGAGACUCAAAUGUUGUACCAAAAUUGA